AGUAAGACUAAAGAAUAUGGGAAGAAACGAUAUUCGGUAAAACAAGCAAUCGUGGCACGUGCACGUUGUCAAGCAGAGUCCUGCAGUCAACUUGUGCUAAAGUCUGCAAAAAGACCGACGAUACCCUAAUUGAGAAUCUGCUGAACGGAAUCACGAAGCGGUUCGUAGAUUCGAAAGACAUCCAAGGAAGCAGGAAACGACCUCGAAUUAUAGGCUGGUUCCUCUCAUUUAGCGAAACACGUCGGUAAUCCACAGCGCUUGACAAUUGUUCGACCUCUAUCGACACGUAUAUCCGCCGUUUCUUGUCGAUCUUCACUGGGCUUGACAAGUCACCGUGAUGUCGCUCAUCAACCAAACUUCCCGUUCAAACACGUCUCUCAAGCCUUCUUCGCGGCGUGCAGAAACUUCCAGAGUAUACGCUCAUCCACUCCCGAUCAUAUUUCCAGAGCCAACAUACAAAUUUCUUGGACUCUCCCUAACACGACCACUCAAUCCUCACUGUACCGCGCUAUUCGACCCUCUCACCCGCUCAGCUUGGGUCCCAAGUUCUGGCGAUGCCACCCUAUUAUGGCAGCGCGGGUUCUUUGGAAAAGGAGACCUUUCCAGGAGUGAGCCUAGUUGGUUGGCGAGACAAAUAAAUGCGAGAAAAAUGAAGGGCAAGGCACUCACAUCCGAAGAGAUCACCGCCAAACGCCGUGCAGAGCGCAAGCAAUUUAAGCUCGAUCGUGCAAAGGCGAUUGCUGCUGCUGCCGCAGAAGCAGAGACUGCUUUCAAUGAACAAGGUCGCGUUAUCGCGCCUGGUAUUGCACCGGAUGGCACACGGAUAAUCCCCUCUGCUGCAACCUGGAAACCAUCAUCUGCACCCAUGCCUUCGGAAAAAUCGCCUCUAGACGUCGCACCAGACGAAGAGGAAGAGAUGGAGCCCAUACAAGACCUCGAGCAUCUGCAACUCUCACUUCAAGAGGCCUUUUUCCUCGUCUGGGCACUUGACUGCUUGACAAUCUUACACCCCCAAACCAAUGUGUCUUUUACCCUCGCUGAAAUAUGGAAUACAUUCCAAAAUUCUCACAUACCGUCGUUGGUCCCACAACCAAACGCACCAUCACCUUCACGGUUUGACAACCCCUUCCUUGUGUCAUAUGUCGCAUACCAUCACUACCGCUCCCUUGGUUGGGUCGUUAAAUGCGGCAUCAAGUUCUGCGUCGAUUACCUGCUGUAUAAGCGUGGCCCUGUAUUUCAGCAUGCCGAAUUCGCAAUUGUCGUCAUUCCUGUAUAUGAAGACCCCGAAGAUCAGGCAACCUCACCGUUUAAGCUACAGAACGCAGAACCAUUCACGUGGUCAUGGCUGAGCACGAUAAACCGGGUCAAUUCUCAGGUUCAAAAGACACUGGUCUUGUCGUAUAUCACCAUACCUGCGGAAUCACGGGUAUCUCCAAAAGUUCUCUCUUCACCCGCAUGCUUUGCGCAUUAUUCGGUGCGCGAGGUCGUGUUGAGGCGGUUCAUUCCGGCGCGCAUGCGGGACUAGUUGCUUGAGAGGUCCAUUGAAUGUGAACCUCGCGGAAGUUGCAUUGCCAGGUAAUAAUGUAUUCCACUCCAAAUUACCAAUGGAUCCUGCUUCACAAGGUAGAUGAUCAACUCUCAAUAGGACAACUUAUAUUCCUUGCUUGCAAAAAUACAUCAACCUAACGUAAAAGACUAAU